AGUCUGCAAAGAAUGGAAAUCGAUGAUUGAUUCCAACGUCUUCCGAGAUCUCUAUGAGUCUCUCAACUCGUCCUCAUCCUCCGUUUCGUGGUCGAUCAUGAGCACAAGGAACAAAACACUGUCGCUAGAAAUCGUGGGACACCAUGGAUGCGAAAGAUGGGGACUUACCGAGUCCUUAGGCUCUUUCAUCACGCGCCACAAUCCCAGUGAGACCACCACAGUGAGAAAAACUUGUAUCUUGAGCUGCACGGAUGGGUUGGUAUUGCUUUACACCGAAACCAUCGAAGGCGCACCCAUGUAUCAUGUCGGAAACCCCUUGUUGCGACAAUGGGUUCAGAUCCCUCUUCCUCCACAUCUCUCUGGUUAUGAUGUCGUGAGGUUACAAGAGAAUCAAUGUUUUAACGACAAUGGACUUGUCACAAAGAUGGAAAAGGGUAUUGCCGUGGGUUACAAGGUUGUCUGGACUUUGGUUUCAGGUUUGGUAUCUAAUGAACUCACUUUUAUGAUAUAUUCAUCUGAAACAGGAUUGUGGAUAACCAAAGAGGUUCGUUGUCUCCGUAGCUUGAUCUGGACUAGACUAGCGCAUUCCGUUCCUUUAAACGGGUUUCUUCACUGGCUUGCUACGAUUGAUAACUCCUCCAUGGACGCGAACUAUGUUGUAGCUUAUGAUUUCUAUAAUGGAGGUGAUGAGUGUCCUAUCAUACCUUUUCCUGAUAUCCAACAAUUUCAAGCGACUCGGCUUUUCAAGAGAACAAUGACAACGUCUGCUGGAUUCGUGGUGUAUUGCAACGUUUACAGUGAUAAUAAUGAAGGAGAACGUGCAAUCAGGGUUUGGAGGCUGGUCUCUACAAAUGAGCAUCCUAAUUCAUGGCAACUCUUGUGGAAAGUCAAUACCAAGGGUGGUGGUGUUGAUUAUUUACCUGUGGUGAUGCAUCCUUUGAACUCUGAUAUCAUUUACUGUUGGAGUUGUAACAAGAACGCUCUGGUUUUGUUUAACUUGAGGGCACGCAAGUUUAGUUUUCACAAGGAGGAAAAGAAGAAGAACAAGUCUAUGGAUGGUUGCAUCAUGACAUUUACCGGAUGCAAGGAGUAUAUGGAUUUGAUCUAUCCAAAGUUUGUCAAUGAUAUGUACAGUGCUGCUCACAAUCUCUUCUUUUCGCAGUACGUGCUCCCACGCUGGCUAAACCCGCUCCCGAAGCUUUCUCCUUGAUUAUUAUUCGUUUUUUUUUAGUCAUUUGCUUGUUUUCUUUCUUUAUGAUACAAGUAUGUAUUGAGAGAAACCCAACUCCCGCUUCCACAAUAGCGUGAUCAACUGUUUGCUCAUUUGAACACUGCGUAAAUGAGCCUUUUGAUAGCAUUAUGAGCUUGUUUAUACUUGAGAAAAAAAAAGGCACAUAAUAACGAGGGAUGGCGAUGAAGGAACAUGGUGUGGGAGAUGAGGGUAGCAUCAAACAAAUUAGAACUGAAGUC